AUUUGAUUUGUUCAGGAAGUGAAGUCACUGAAUGAGGAAAGACACCUGUCACCUGGAGCAGGACCAACACUUACUGUACAUGUCAGAGCUGUUGGUCUGCUCUCCCGCAGGGGUCAGGAGGAAGGAGCUGCUGGCCCGGGAGGAGGAGGAGGAGGAGGAGGAGGAGGAGGGAGCAGGAGAGGAAGAGGAGAGCAGGAGGAACAUGGAUGUCUCUCUGCUCAGAGAACAGUACAGGAGCAGCAGAGAGACACAGAGGAGACAAACCCAGCUGCUUCUGUUCAGGACAGUCUCAGAGGAGCUGUCCGGGGCCGUCAGCGUCGUCCCUGUCACUCAGGGAUUGGCAUCACCUCCGCCUGCCGUAACCUUCGACCCCGACCCAUUGACCUACGACCCUUGGCGCGUCCAUCUGGACCUCCACCGGCGCUCCUGCCCCGGUGUCACCGUCCGGCUGCCGGCCUCCUCCCCAGAAACAACAAACAGCAGCGUCACUGGUUCCUCCAGGUGUUCAUCAUCUUCUUCCUCCGGCUCCGAUCCAGACUCUGGAUCCUCUGACAGAUCCAGAGGAGUCAGUGGUUCCGGGGCGGAUCCAGUCCACUUUUCUGUCACCAGACCCCUCGAUGCUUCGGAGCAGAAUCCCAGUGACGGAUCCAGAGAAGAUCCUCCUGAUGAUUCUCAGGAGAGUUCGGCCCCCGGUUCUCUGACCAGCUCUGAUGAAAGCUCCACCCCCGUCGCCUCCGUCACCUGCUCCCCCAGCAGCUCCAACACCGACCUACACCAAGACCUGAAGGAGAACCGGUCUGCAGAUGUAAAAACCAAUAACGACUUCCUGCAGACCAGCAACACCCCAGCGGGGAGGGGCUCCAGGAAGUUCUCGGCCCCUGCUGCCCUCAGGUUUACCAGACAGCUGAGUGUAGGGGGGGUGGGCUCGUCCUCGGGGGUUCACCAGAACCAGAACUACUACCCGUUCCCCAGCAGGAAGGCGCCGAGGAUCUCUGAGGCGGCCAGGAGGCUGGGGAUGUACUCGUCCUUCUGAGAGAUUUCACAGUUUAUUUCAUGAUGCAAGUUCAUGUUCAGCUGCUGCAAAACCAGUUUCCUUCUUUCUUUCAUGACCCAGAUGUUAAUUUACAGUCUCUCCAUCUUUCCUCUCAGUUCAAAUCACUCGCUCAGAAGAAACGAGACGUCAGUUUAUCAGGCCAGGAUCAGACUUCUGUUUAUUUUCACUGAUUCAUUGUCAGGUGUGAAGUUAUGACGUUAAUGGUUUCAUUGUAAAGCAGCUGCUUUAUUAAAGGAAUUCAAAAGCUGA